AUGGCGCGAACCCUCAAAACGGAGGAUGCGUAUGCCCGCGCUCUCAAGUCCGAUGAUGUCACGCUUAUUGUUGGCGACGGUCAAGAACAUCUCACUAUCAAAAAGGCAUUCCUGGCCUUGCACUCCAAUGCCUUCGCAGAGAAGCUCACCACAAAAGUCAAAGUUGAAGACGUGCCAAAUGCAAACGCUACUACAAUUGAUCUUCGCGGCGUUGGCGUGCAGGCUGUGAAGGUCUUCGCACGAUGGGCAUAUACGGAGCAUUUGCAGCCCCUGAAGCCGUCAGCGAGCAAGCACGAGCGACUGCAAGCAAAGCUGAUGUUAAUCGACCUUUGGAUCUUCUGCGACAUGUACGGCAUCUCAAGACUCCAGAACGAAGCCAUGGCUUUCCUCUGCGAUGUCGUCAACACUCCGGACUUGAUUGACAAGAACGAUACAUGGUUCAUCUUCGACCGCACUCCAUCCAGUCAUGCUCUUCGCUAUUUCGCAGUUAUGGCUCUCGUCGCCCAACUACCCGAUGAUCAUAAGAGCAGCGCCUCGGCUGUUGCCGAAUACACCGACAUCAACACCAAGUAUCCUGAGAUGAUGGCGAUGGUGUAUUCCAUGUCCCGCUCAUGGAUCUGGUUCAGUCCAGACGAGAAGGCUAAGAGAAGCGAUUGGAACCAAUGGGUACGCACCGGCGAGAAGCAGGCCUUGCUAAAAGUCCCGGUCCAGCCACCAGCCGACUGGGUGCUGACAGCCUGUGGCGUGGUUCCGCCGAAGCCAUUUGGGCCGGGCGAGAUCAUUGAGUUGGACUGA